AUGAAUGCACGCUAUGAUGAAGUGCCGGUAAAUCGGAGAUUUGAUUCGGAGAGAUCUUGCCCCCAAAACCCUCCACUACGAUCCAAUCGUCGGGCCAUCUCAGAACGGCGGGCUACGCACUGUACGCAGUACUACCGUAGUCGCCAGGAGGUCAUCUACGCGCAGCCGACGCCGAGACGUUCAAAGAGUAUUCCGAGCUCCCGGUCAAACUGGGUGAUGGACCGGCCGGUGAUCGGGAAAACGGCUAGCGCGUAUGAAUUGGAGCCCGCGCCUACGAUCCCAAUUGGACUUGUCAGUCAAAGAAGAGCCAUUUUUUCUGUUGGCACUCCACCUCAGACCCAUAAUACCGCUCAAAUUCGGCGCUCAUACAUCGUGGUUAGUGCUCGACCAGAUCGACCUCACGUCGCGCAUCAACCCGUCAACCUGGAGAACAACAAAAGCGAGCCGGAAUAUCAGACACCUACAACAUCCACAGUAAACGUCACAAAAAUUUCGGUAGCAUCCGAUGAUACCGGCAAGAAAUAUGCACAAUUUGGCGGUCCUAGCAAGCUCGAUGUGGUACGCGUAACUCCAAUACGCAUCGAAAGGCGGAAGAUGGCAAUGCCGAGGAUUAUUGGAAACGAAGAGGCUAGACAGGAAUAUGGGGAGGAUAGGAAAGAAGUGUUGGCAGCCCAAUUUCGGGAUUUUGCGCCAAGGCCGGGGCCCUCUUCUAAAGUGAUGGAAGAGAAUGAGAAGAAGUUACAGGAUGAAUUGAAGCGGCAUCGGGAAAAUAGUAAGCAGUUAUCCGUUGAGCUGGCGAAGACGCAAGAAGCCAAAAAAGCUUUGGAAUUCGAGAAAGGGUUGAGUGAAGCGAAAGCGCAGGCUACAGCCGCCUCGAGAGUUGCCGAUGUUAUUCAAAUCAUGCGAUCUCCAAAAACUGGGCGGUCAGUGCAGCAAAGGAUUACGAAUGACAACCCGGCGCCGAGCUAUACUGAGCGGUUUAUAUAUGAGGAUAUACCGGAAGUUGCUGAUAGUGUACGGAUUCAACCGGAGAGUCCACAACAGUACACAGAGACGGUUGAACUGCGUAAUCAGAAUUCUGUCCUCCGGACAGAAAUGGCGCAUCUACGAGAUGCCCUCGAAAGCUCAACCAUUCUUCUCGACCAAAUGAACUCGGCAGUCCGGUUUUCAAAACGGAACGCAUCCCCGACACACGAGUCGCUUGGCAGUUCGAUUUCAGAUGAGAACGAUUUGCAUGAGAUUAAUGCUGGAGAGGUAAAUUCCCUGCGGCAUCAGGUGCAAAUACAAGAACAAACCCUGAAAAAUAAGGACCUAUUGCUAAAGCGUCUCGAAAGCGACCUGGCGACGGCGCAGCAGUGUAACCAAAAACUGAACGCCCAAAUGGGGACACUAGCCACGAAUGGAUCGCUUGUCAUCAAAAAAGAAAUCGUCGAACUGAAGGUGGGUGGUAUUCAA